AUGCUAACCAUAGUUAAAAUUGCAUCGGCGUUCCGUUCGUUCCAAAGACCUUUAUUCCGGCUGAAAACCACAAUUGACACUUCCAAAGUGCCAACCUUACGCGAGGAAGACCUAGAGGAGAUGUUUGUUCGAGGCAGCGGUCCCGGGGGUCAAGCGGUUGCCAAAACCAACAAUAAGGUGGUGCUGACUCACAAACCGUCCGGAAUGGUGAUCCAGUGCCACAGUUCGAGAUCGUUGUUUAAAAAUCGUGAGGAGGCUCGUCGCCUCCUGAUUGUCAAAUUGGACGAAAUGGAGAAUGGUGAUCAAUCGGUGGAGGCUCAACAGAGAAGAAUCGAUAAUAAGAAACACCAGGAAGCAACACGCCGCAAGACCAAGCGCCAAGAGAUGAAGAAAGCGUGGAAGGAACGGGAAUUCGGACAAAAAGAAUAGGGUUUAGUUUACAUAGUUAGAAUAGUAGGUACUUUGUUUUAAAUAAUAAACGUUACCAAGAAUUGAAAUUACCUAA